UGUACACCCUCGCAAACUUGCCAACAAAUGCUCAUUUACAUGGGGUGCUGCUAACUGCACCAGGCUUACAAGGAACUAGAAUAUUAGGGCAAAUCCCUUUUAAUACAUUUUGAUUGCUGAAUAAAAACAUGCAUUAGAGCAAUUAAAAUUAGAUUUUUAGUUAUACUAUUUAGGUAUAACGUAUUUAAGGUUGCCAGUCCCGUCAAGGCAAAUCUCUUUGAGGCCAAGAAAAAUCAUGGUGAAGACUGUAGCUGUUGUUGGGGCUGGAGCCAGUGGUUUGGCUGCCAUCAAAUGCUGUGUAGAUGAAGGUCUGGAACCCACAUGCUUUGAAAGGAGUGAAGAUAUUGGAGGACUCUGGAGGUACAAGGACAACCCUGAAGAUGGACGGGCCAGUAUCUACAAGUCUGUUAUCAUAAACACAUCCAAGGAAAUGUCGUGCUUCAGUGAUUUCCCCAUCCCAGAUGACUUCCCAAACUACAUGCACAACUCCAAAAUUAUGGAGUAUUUCCGCAUGUAUGCUCAGAACUUCAGCCUGAUGAAAUAUAUUCAAUUUAAGACUACAGUUUGCAGUAUCACGAAAAGCCUGGAUUUCCCCACUAGUGGCCAGUGGAUUGUAACCAUAGAAAAGGAUGGAAAGCAAAAUAAGAGUGUCUUUGAUUCCAUUCUUAUUUGCAGUGGCCAUCAUACGUUCCCUCAUUUACCACUGACUUCCUUCCCAGGAAUAGAAACGUUUAAGGGCCAGUACAUGCACAGUCGAGACUACAAGGGCCCAGAAGAUUUUAAGAACAAAAGAGUCUUAGUGAUUGGAAUUGGGAAUUCUGGUGGGGACAUUGCCGUGGAACUAAGCAGGAUAGCAAAGCAGGUGUUCCUGAGCACUAGACGAGGAGCAUGGAUUGUGAACCGUGUCUCUAAAAAUGGUUACCCACUGGAUAUUUUAAAAAGUCGCUUUGUAUACCUGCUGAACAAAGCCCUGCCUUCCAGCCUGACCAACUAUAUGGCAGAAAAUGCAGUUAACCAAAGAUUUAAUCACGACAACUAUGGGCUCUUACCCACACACAGAUUUUACAGCCAACAUCCGACCCUCAAUGAUGAACUUCCUAACCGCAUCAUCUCGGGGCAGGUGAAAAUAAAAUGCAACGUGAAGGAGUUUAGGGAGAAUGAUGUUGUGUUUGAAGAUGGCACAGAGGAGAAGGAUAUUGACAUGGUUAUCUUUGCCACUGGGUACAGCUUCUCCUUCCCCUGUGAUGAGUCUGUUCUUACAGUGACAGAGAACAAAGUCUCUUUGUACAAAUAUGUUUUCCCUCCCCGCUUGGAGAAGAACACCCUUGCAUUGAUUGGGCUGAUUCAGCCCCUUGGUGCUAUAAUGCCUAUAUCUGAACUUCAGGGUCGCUUAGCAACAAGAGUCUUCAAAGGUUUAGUAAGGCUGCCCGCGGCACAAACCAUGAUACAUGACGUGGCACAGAAGAGGCAGAAAAUGGAAUGUCGUUAUGUGAGGAGCCAGCGCCACACUAUACAAGUGGACUAUGUGGACUAUAUGGAUGAACUUGCCAGUCUCCUUGGUGUGAAGCCCAGCCUAUUUCAGCUCUUCAUGACUGAUCCCAAGUUAGCUCUGAAAGUACUCUUCGGCCCAUGUACCCCCUAUCAGUAUCGCCUUAUGGGCCCAGGCAAGUGGAGUGGAGCUAGAGCUGCCAUCAUGACCCAGCAUGACCGCAUCAUUAAGCCCACAAAGACUCGAGCCCUUAAUAAACCUUCAGGAGAUAAAUCCCUUCUGCACUUCAUCCAACUCUGCACCAUGCUGAUUCUUCUGGUUGCUUUUUUUCCUCCCCUUUUAAAAAUGUUAAACAUAUUUUCCAUUUAGCAGUAAGGAAUGGAUAAUGAAGGUACUGAGGAACACUGAUGACACACCAUCCAGUCUGCAGACAACAUGAGAAUGUAACAUCCCUUUAAUCUUAAAGUCUUUAUCUGCCCCCACUGCCCCUCAUCGCUUGCACUCCUCCUCUGGUCCCAGAGCACUGAGGAAUUGGCUCACAAGGGAGUUAAACAAAUCUCCUGUUCACCUAUUUCCCAAGAGCUCCGGGAAAAACAAAUGUGGCUGGGCAACAUACCGCCCCUAAAAUCACACCGUCCUAGGCCUGACCAUUCAUUAUUGCCCCAGUCAUAACAUGUUGUAGCAGCCCCAAGCCAUGGUGAACCCACUGUCAUAGUAAAAUCAAGGGUUUAACCACAGAAAAAUGUAACUGGUUUAUAUAAGGCAACAUCCUGGCAGUUAGUUCUAUCUUCUGUCUGUCAGCUGAUCAUCUGCAUGCAGGAUCCCUUGUGAUUUUCAGCCUUUUUUUUAGGGUUAGAAGUUCAGUCAGGUUUAUUUUCUUAUUUACUAAAUAUCAAAACCUAAAGGGCUAAAGGGUUUUUGCUUGGGUUUUUAGAAGCUGAAAUUCAUUGUAUUACAUAGGACAUCAGUUUUUUUUCAAAUUUUAGAACCGGACAGCCUUUAAAAAAGUGGGCAACCCUUGUCUAUAUUCUGCCUGAUGAGUAAGCCCAAUCCUUUCAUUAAAAGUGUGAGAUCUAUUAUACAGAAACCAGGUAAAAAUAGCUC